AUGUCAUAAAAAAAUUGACAAAGACCUGGCUUAGCUUCCCAGUACAAAUGUACUUCACUGAUAUAUCAAAAUAUGCCAAACAUGGUGAAAAUAGGAAACUGAGAAUAAUAUGUGUUGUUAAACAGUUUGUGCACAUUUUAUGUAAUAUUUAUAAAAUAACUUUUCAAAUGUCCCUUAAAGUGGUGAAUAUUAAUACAGAUAUAAUCAGUAUUAAUAAUAUACUUUUUUAAACAAUGAUAGUGAAAAAUCUAAUUUAGUGACUUUGUGGAAGGGCUAAUUCUAGCUGCUGGUAAUAAAAUUUACAAUUUGUUUAAAGAAAUUUUUAUAUAUCAAGAUACGUAAGUAGAUUGAAGAGGUGCACUUAUGAUCUAAUACAGUCACUUUAAUGUGUGAUAAAAACCUUCACAAACAAGGAACUUCCAGAACCCAUACACACUGUCUUACAGCUAGGUACUUAAUGCAUUACUUUUCAUGUUGACGUAGUCAAAAGAUGAGUAAUAUAUAAAUGAGCUUAAAGGCAAAAUGACGUUAAUAUGGUCUUCUUAAAAAUCACAUUAAAACUGAUGGUAUAUUUUGCGAUUUGUUUCGCUACAUCUAGUCAUUGAGGAUGAUAUGGAACACGUAUUCCUUCUUCACACAUUGGCAUUGGAUGCAUGUUGUACUGGUUCCAAAGCUGAAACUGUUCAUUAUUUCUAACAAUUGAUUCGCGUCGUAACUUUUCGCGAUCAGCGUGAGCUUUUCUCUGUUCAUCCGUCAUUGCUCCUCGUCGUUUUCUCUCUCUUUCAGCAUGCGCUCGUCUCUGUUCCGCAGUCCGCGCAGCUCGACGUAUUCUCUCCCUCUCUGCGCGAUGUUUUCGCUGUUCAGGUGUCAAAGAGGCUCUCCGGGCUCGUUCUCUGUCAGCGUGGGCUCGUCUCUGCUCAGGUGUCAUAUUUGCGCGACGUCGCCUUUCCCUUUCAGCAUGUGCACGUCUCUGUUCAGCAGUCAAAAAUCGGCGCCGAAUUCUUUCACGCUCAGCGUGAGCUCUUCUCUGCUCCUCUGAGCGAGAUAGCUGUCGUACUGCACACUGAAUCAUGGGAACCUCGCCUAUAAGAACGUCAGGCCCCUCCGUUCCCCCGUCUAUUGGCCUCAUCAAAGCUUCGUUCAUGCUUAUUUGGUUACAAAGUCCGACAUCACUUGAAAUAAACAUGGAAAACGAACUUAAUGUUACGUUUCAUUAACAAUUAUUGAUGACUCGAACAUCUUGCAUUGUUCUCAAACUGUUCGAAAAGUUUUUCUUAUAAACGCACAGGUCAUGUAACUUCUUGAAUGCCUUCCCAUUGUGCACAUUUAACACGUAAUUCACACCCCAUUCAAAUUAUUUUAAGCGGACUGAGAGGACGGCAGCACCCAAACAAUAGCACACGCCAAUAAACACGUACUUAAAUUCCACGGUGGACAAUGGUGGACGACGAGUCGACUCCCAACAACUCGCAUUCCCUUCAUUUCACUACGUCCUAUCGUUCACAUCCUAAUUCUACAGUCAUCGAGACAUGCUAUCGAUUGUUGGGGAGGGGUUUAUCGAGCUCUUGCGGAUGUCCGGGCAGGCUGUUAAAAGGACCAAGAAUUAUUUGACAUUUACUAAAGGAAGUUGUUUUGGGUUAGAUUGAAAAUGCGAGUAAUGUCGUUGUGGAAUGUUAUGCAUCAGUUGGUUGUUGUGUAAGAGAAAGCAUCUUUUGCAUCAGAUGAACUACAUGCCAAAAUACUUUUUACGAGAAUAAUUGUCAACAUUUAUAGGUUCCAACAUUCAUGUGUUCUGUAACUUAAGUCAAUGAUUCAACGGAAAUAAUGACUUCAGUGUGGAAAAGGUUGCAGAGAGUUAAUAAACGUGCAGCCAAAUUUCAGUUUACUGUAUCUUAUCAUCAAGUGACUUUAGAAACAACACCUAAAUGGAAACCCCACAAAUUAAGUGUAGUUUGGACAAGACGUAGUCGCCGAGUCAUAUCUGAUCCUUUACCAUGGGAGCCCACUAUGAAAGAGCCUCUACGAGGCAUUGUAGUGUGGGCUGUACCUGAAAAUAAGGAAGUUUCAGUGACGCUUUUUAAAGAUCCUAGAACACAAGAGCUUGAAGAUAAAGAUUGGACUUUUGUACUUGAAGAUGUGGCUCAAAAUGGCAAGCGGCGUCAGGUGGCAUCCACAAGUAUUAAUAUGCGGAAAUAUGCUAGUGUUGAGUCAACACAGAGUCAGCUGCAACUCACCUUUAAACCUACAACAAAGAAAAUUGUGGGAGCUACCAUGGAAUGUACCUUGUCCUGUGUGUUCCUUCGUGAAGGCAAAGCAACUGACGAAGACAUGCAGAGCAUGGCCAGCCUUAUGAGUGUGAACAACAACAGUGACAUUGCACCCCUGGAUGAUUUUGAUGAUGAAGAAGAGGAAAGCCAAAGUCAGAAGCUACAGGAAAUGUUUAAUAUUACCUCACAGAUUGACAGAUUGACCAACAGUUUGAGUGGAUCAGAAAUUGCCAGUACACCUAUAAGUGUUGCCAGUUUGUCAUCCUGUUUGAAAGAUGAUCCAACACCAGUAGCCUCUGAAAACAAAAGUUUCUUAAAUUUAGAUGUUGUUGAACAUCCCACAAUUCUUACUACACCAACCCAGGAGAGACUUGAAAUGGAGGUAGUUAUUCCUGGGCCAAAUUUAUCUGAAGAAAAUGAAGUUUCUGUACCUGCAAGAGAACCUUCUAAAGAAGUAGAAGAAGAUCAGAAGAAUAUUCGUCUCACUCUGGAACCACUUGACCUACGAGAGGGUAACAAUAAAUCACCCAAAUUGAAAGAAACUACACCUGGUCAAGAUCUCCUGGAGUGGUGUAAAGAGGUCACAAAAGACUAUCAAGGAGUUAGAGUAACUAACCUUACAACAUCCUGGAGAAAUGGCCUUGCUUUUUGUGCUGUAAUUCAUCACUUUCGGCCUGACCUGAUAGAAUUUGAUAGCUUGAUACCACAUGACGUGAAAGGAAAUUGCAAGAAAGCAUUUGAUGCUGGCGAAGCUCUUGGAAUCCCCCGAGUAAUUGAACCUGCAGAUAUGGAUGUGCUUGCUGUUCCUGAUAAAUUGGCUGUAAUGACUUACCUGUAUCAGCUUCGUGCUCAUUUUACAGGUCAUGAGUUGGAAGUACAGCAAAUUGGUAAAACUACAGACGAGUCUUCAUACAUGAUUGGCAGAUUCUCUACAGAUACAGAUACUGAUGUAACUGUUCAGUUAUUUGGGCAAGAAAUAAUGAAUUUGCGCAAAAGGGAUUCAUCAGAAGCAAGACAAAGACUUGGUUCCAGCAAUAGAAGAUCUACAUCUGUGGAAUCAGAUGGGACUGCUGAGAGUGAAGGAAACAAAACAAACAAUGCUCUUUCUCCUCGAGCUACUCGGCAAAAUUCUGUAUUGAAGUUGAGACUGCCUCUUGUGUCUCAUGAUUCAGGAGAUAACAAUGAUAAAUCUCCUACUUCAGUGAAGGAUGUGAAAGAUAAAAUUGUUGCGAGUUCCAAAAUUAUUCUGGGAAAAGUAUUAUCACCAACUAAAGAAAAAUUAACAAGAGAAAAGAGUAACUCUCCAAUAACAACAGCUCCUCGGCCUGUGCUGAUGACCAGAAGACAGUUAACAGAUCCUUUUGGAUCAGACGAAGAAGAAGACUUGAUUCCAAGUGGAAAUGAGGAAAAGAAGACAGAAAGUUCUCAAAUGAUGAAAUCCCAAUCUUCACAAGAUAGUGAAUCCCUUCAUUCAUCAGACACCAAAACUAGUCGUGAUGGAGGAGAUUCCAAAGAAUCAAAUGUUUCACCUACUCAUAAUGAAUCUCUGAAAAGACAUCAUAUCCUUACGCGUCAUGACGAGCUGCGUGAGAGGGCUCGACAGCUGUUGGAGCAGGCUCGAAGAGAAGCGGCAGCCCGGGGGGGCUACACACACACUGCUGCCCAGUCUCCAGUGCAGGGUGAAGAGGAGAGACAGCAACAACUUAGAGAACGAGCUCGACGUCUUAUUGCAGAAACAAGAAUGAAAGUGGCAACAUCUCCUUUACAGGGACAAGAUCUCUUAUUUCCAGCUACUCAAAGUUCUUGUAAUAGCCCAGAUGGCGUAAUUGAUAAGAAUGUCUCACCUGAACAAUUAGUGUCAGACAAUCAAAAUAGUACAGUUCUUAGAAAUUCUCCUGAAAAAAUCCAACCCUCUUCUCCUGGCAGCUGGUCUCUUGGAAGCAAGUCUGAGAAGAAUGGUAAUGUCUUGGCUAGGAUUCCAUCCUCUGAUCCUGUUUUGAGUCCUAAAACGCCCCUUGAGAAUGUAUCUGCCGCUUUACGACCCAUUCAUCUACCUAUAGAAGAUGACAACACUACCAAGAAAGCAUCCCCAUUGCAUUCAUUCUCUUCUUUGAUGGACCGUAUUUCUCCUGAUAAAAAUACUGAUGAACUUCGGAGAGGAUGUGGAAAAGAUAUGGUAAAUUACAUUCAAAAUGAAUUGGAAGCUUUGGAAAGAGAGCAAAAACAAAUUGAUAAACAAGCAGCUCUUUUAGAGAAGGAUCUACGUCGUGUAAUGGAAGCUGGGAGUGACAGAGACCGAGAAGAGGAAUUAAUGUCCAAAUGGUUUACUCUUGUGAACAAAAAGAAUGCACUUUUGAGAAGACAAAUGCAGUUAAACAUUCUUGAAAAAGAAGAUGAUUUAGAAAGGAAAUUUGAAUUGCUUAAUAGAGAGUUAAGAAGCAUUUUGGCUAUAGAAGAUUGGCAGAAAACAGAAGAACAAAAAAUUAGAGAAAACCUACUGCUAGAUGAAUUAGUUACAAUUGUUAACAAAAGAGAUGAAUUAGUGCAUCACUUGGAUUCUCAAGAACGAGCAAUUGAGGAUGAUGAUGAAAUAGAAAGAGAUUUAACACGUGCUGGAUUACCCCAACAGAAUAGGAAUUGUGUUCUUCAAUGAGUUCUUCACAUUUUACUUUGGUAAACUAUCUUCAUCUGGUGUGCAAGUCAACUGCUGAAAAAUGAGCUUGAGCACUGCUCGAUUGAUGAAAUUGUGAAAGACAAGAAAAGGAGAGAUGGAGCCUUUUUCAAGGAAGUGCUAAUGCCAUUAGAAAUUAGUGUUGCAGUUGAUGAAGUAUUGUGAAUGUAAUUUACGUCCAUGGAAAUGUCCAGUAUUAGUUUCUGGUUUGUAGUGUUCUAAAUAUUGAAGAUUCUUAAGAAUGCAUUAUUAAAAAUGUUUAUUAGAAUGUUUCAUCAUUAGCAAUUGGUACUCAUUGUUAAUAUUCGCCUAAGAGUUGAGAACUCCUUAUAAAGUGAGUUUAAAAAUCAAAAUGGUUUUAUCUCUUAGGUCAGUAUAUCUCACGUUCUCCUAGAUAUACGUCCUGGUCUAUUUUUAUAUCCUUUAAAUUCUUGAGGUGAAGAAACUUUCUGGAUUCUCAAGUGGAACUAUGUAGCUUGUAUUAGAGAGAUUUACAUUUCUUUCAUGUACAGACAUGUGUAUAAGUAUUGUUAAUUUCUGAUGGUAUACGCACUUAAAUAUGUAUGUAUGCUUGUUUUUAUUUGCAGCAAUUUCAGAUUUAAAUAUGGUGCCAUUUAUUUGUACAGAUGAAUUUUGCCAGAAGUGAUGUAGUUAAUACAAAAAGCUUAGUGUAGUAAUAACCCACUUGUGCUUGGUUGUUGAAAAGAUUGUUUUGUGUUGUCAAACAGUCAAUAGAUUCCUUUUUUAAUUUUUUAGAGGUUGUUUCAUUUGUGCCAAAUAUUUAGUAUUAGGUUUUUUAAACUUCAUUUACUUUCUUUUUUGGAAAGGUCUACAUACUGUUUUUUGCCACAUUUUAUUAUUAGACUUUGAAGUGUCUUGUGUUCAUGUAGAAAUAUUUUUUAUACUUAGUGGUUAUCUGGUCUUAUUUUAUAAAAUUGUUAUUUUAUAAAAAUGCUCCCUUUGAAUACUUUAUUCAUUUUUUUGUGGAAAUGAAAAAUAAACAGCUAAAAUUUGGGAAUUACACUGCUGAGACAAACUUGAUGCUUUGUUGUUAUUGAUUAGUAGCUUUUUUUUUUUUUUAAUUAAUUUAUUGUGUUUAGAAGUGACCUGAAAAUUACACAAAUUACUAAAUUUUUGUCUGUUUUCACUGUGAGAUUAGUUUGAAUAUAAGCUUUAAAAGAGCAAUCCAGAAAUACUGCUGGAGGUAACCUGAGCAAUGUUUUUUACUCAAUUUCAAGAGCUAUAUCAUACCUAAUUUUUCAAGUUGCUGAAAACUAACUUUUUGUGGCGGCUUGUACGUAAAGUUUUGUAUCAGAUGAUUUAGAAAUAUUGUACAGGAUUGGGUGGUGUUUCCAAAAAUUUUCCGUGGCACUUUACUGGAAGGAAUGUAGCUUUCUUAGUACGUACUUGUAAAUAAUGAUGGAAUUCUUAGUAAAGAAAUUGUGUUCCAUUUCAGUUUUAAAAACUACUUAAAGAAAAGUGUUAGAGAUGUAAUUUAAUUAAAGAUUGUCAUCUUGUUUGGUGCAGACAAUAAUCGUCUAUGCAGACUGAAGUAUGAAAAUAUGGUAAUCACAUACUAAAUGGUUCUCAAUGAAGUGUGCCAUUGUUAAUUAUAAAUAGAAGCUUAAAAUAUGUACUGAUGGAUGUUUCACUGUUUGAGCUUUUUAAUACAUUAAUGCUCAUGAUUUUUCAUACACUGGUAUUUACUUCAUAAAGGGUUCUCUCCUUUGUGUACUGUCGUCAGUGUCAGUGGCUUUUGUGUGUUUUAAUAGUACUCACACAUGCACAAAGAUUUGCUGAGGUGAUCUUUUGCAGAACUAAGAUUAUUUGGUGAUUGUAAUAAAUCUGAUAAUUAAUAUUGAAUGUUUUUCACUAGCAGAUAUUCAGGAUCAAUCUUUCCAAGAAGCAUUAAUAUUACAGUUUGUGAUUAUCUUAGGUUGUUUGGGAUGUUAUCAUUUGAAAUGUACAUUUAAAUGUUACUUGCAUUUAAGUGUUAAAUGUUAUUGGAUGGUAAAGCAUAUCUUUGUGUGUACAAUAGUCUAGAUGGGCUGUGUUCCUACAAAAGCAAAAACAUUGGAACAUUCUGUACAUGAGCGUCCAGCGAAAAUAUAUUUGACAGUGUAAUAUAUGUACGUGCACAAGUGUGUGUGAUUGUGAUAGCAUGUAUGCCCUGAUUCUUAUGUUUCCUUGUAAUCUUGCCAUGUGAUAGGCACAGUAAUCUAUAGUCCAAGAAUAUUAAGACUUGCUGAUGUGAAUAUUGUAUUAUUGUAGCAUGAAAAUGAAAAAUAUAUACACUAAUUAGCUUGUUAGUUGUGAAAUUUUUGGAAGUAAUUAUAUGUCCAUUGUUUUCUAACCUUACAUUUGAAUCAGUUUCUUAGUUACUCCUCCUCUCUAUACAUCUUUAUAUUUUCAUAAUUACCGUUGUUCGUAUGUUUAUUCACUGUACCUGUCAUCUUGGUUGACAGAUGCCAUUCUUUGGGUAAGCUGUAUUGACAUUUUUGCAUUUCAUCUGAUAUCUUAUUCAGAGAAUGAAUUUGAAUUUGUGAGUAGUUGUAAUCCAUUUGGGAGAAAAAAAAAUGACUGAAACAAUUCUACUAUGUAUUUUGAACGACCGAGAAAACACAAGAUCUGUGUAAAAAUGUUGGUAUUCAUUACUUUAAUAUCGUUUCCACUUACUGAUUCUAUAUAAAAUAAGUUAGUAUUUUGUAAAACAUGAACUUCAUUGUUUUAAUUUUUUAAGUAAUUUAUUCUUAUGUUUUUUCUAAUUUAUUCUAAUGGUAUCUUUAUGAAAACUUCUCUUAAAACUUUUUUUUCCUUUGACUUGUCAGUGACCAUGUGUUAAUUUUCACUAAUUGUUAUUUUAUAUAUGCUCCACACAAUGUCUCUUAAUUAUUAACAGUAAUUGAAUAGUUGCCCUAAAAGAGAUUGUGUGUUGUGAGAUACCUCAAAAGUACAUAAAACUAAUGUUCAAUUGUGAAGAUUGUGUUACAUUUCCCAAUCAUGAUUCUUGAAGAAUACUACAUUAUUUAAG